AUGACGUUAGAGCCCCUGGUCUAUGACAAAUCCAUCUUGAACGGCUGCAAGUCUGCGAUCAAAUUUAGCGAAGUGCAGGCGCCGCUCCCGGGCUCGUACCGCUCGACGCGCAGCACCGUCUACGGGGUAGAGGAUCCGAGCGUCCUAGGCGGGGCCCGGCGGUCGCUCCGGGGCCACUCUCCAAGCCGGGCAUCGCAGGGCACCGCGGAACCAAGCAGGAGCUACUCGGACCGGCUGGGUCAAGCGCACACUGGAACCCCUCCCGGAACCCCACCGGCGGCCCGCGGGACCCCUCCGCCGCGCCCGGCACCCGCGCCGCCCGACACCGCGACCCGGGCCCCGCCACCCAGCACCGGCCCGGGACCUCGCCGCGACACCCCGCACCGCACCGGGACCCCGCACCGGGACCCCGCAACGGGACCCCGCACCGCGCCGGGACCCCGCCGCCAUCUUCCGCCGCGUCCCCGGGCCAGGCCGGGCGCGCCCCCGCGCCGCGGGCGGACGGCGCCCCCUCCCCCGCCGCGCUCCCCUCCCCCGCGCCCGCCCCCAGCCCCGGGCGGCGGGGCAAGUGCGGGCCCCGGGCGCCGCCCGCCCGACCCGAGGCGGCGCAGCGGUGCGGCAGCGGCCGCCGCGGCCGGUGUGAUUGAUAGGGACGGCGGCGGCGAGAGCGGCGGCGGCGGCGGCGGAGCGGUUGACAAUCGGGACCCGCAGUGCCGCGCCCGCGUCCAACCGUCACGCCGACGCCGGGCCACGCGACACAGCCUCGCUCAAUGGGAGGAGGGCGACGCCGACGCGCGCCGCAUCAAUAUUCACCGCGGGGGCGGGGCCUGCUGGCGACGGGCCCCGCCCCCGCCCUGCGCGGCGGCGGGCGCGGGGUGGGGCCUGCGCGGGGGCGGAGCGGACCCCGGCCCCGCCCCUCGCGUCCGCAGCCGGGCCCCGCCCCGGCCGGUCGCGUAG